GAUCAUAAUUCGUAAACUUCAACAAGUAGAUUGUAUUAUUCGCUCUUCCUUUGGUUUGAAAAAUGACAAUUUUCCCAGCAAUUUGUUUGUUUGUCCUCUCGCUUUUCAGCUCCAGUAGUCACGGAAGUGUUCUGCCGCAAGAUUUAAACUUGUGUCAAGAGUCGCUGUUUGUUAAAGAUGUGGCCGUGAUUGACGCUGCGCAACAAGAAAAUUGCAUCUGACGAGUCAAAACAGAUGAAAAUUACAUUCUCGUAUUUACUCUUGAGAGUGGUGACGGAAAUUUCGAAUAGGCGCAAGAUUUUGUUGACCUUCACGACGGACUAGACGAAUAUUCUCCCAUUCUUCUCUUGGAGAACGAAAAGGUGCACAAAGUAUCCGGCAAACAUUUGCCAUCACAGGCUAUGUACUCAACGCAUUCGACGGCCGUCGUACGGUUUAAGAAAACACCAGCUUCUCCUUUAAGGCUCAAAAUUCAGAAAGCUGUAGAUUGUCCUCUGAAUUUGGACUCAAACAGCGAAUGCGGCCGAGUUGUAGACGAAGUUUCUUGCUAUUGCGUUACAAACACAACAAGAAAUCAUGCGUCCCAGAUGACAUAUUGUAACGAUAACCAAAUGAAGUUGCUGGCGGUUGAAACCCGAUCAGAAGAGACGGCCAUUUACGCGGCUUGGGGUACAACGACCGUAUUUUGGACCUCUGGGACCGAUUCUGCGAACGAAGGAAUUUGGGUUUGGGAGUCCACGAAUGCAACCCUUCCCUGCCCUGGCUAUGCCAACUGGAUUGAUUUGCAGCCGGAUAAUGGUCAAAAUAUUGAAGAUUGUCUUGGUUUAACCUUGAGAAAUGUCGAGGGUUGGAACGAUUAUUCAUGCAGCAAUUCAUUUCAAGCUAUCUGCGAAGCCCAUCCUUAGUUUCGUUCAAAUGGGUUGUAUAUUAAAGAACCCAUUUAACUGAUACAUUCAACCUAUUUAGCUUUUAAAAAUAUACAUAUGUCUUCGUAGUAAAUAAAAAUGUUAAAAACAUCCGG